AUGGCUCAGCCGUGGGACUACAUUGCAAAGAUUGUGUCGCUGGGUGACUCGGGCUGCGGCAAGUCCAGUCUUACAGUACGACUCUGCGAAGGCCGCUUCUCACCCCACCACGAUGUGACCAUCGGUGUCGAAUUCGGAUCGCGUAUUGUUCCAGUAGGACCACCUGCCUCACAUUCACUGAGCAUCAACAACCCCUCAAAAACCGAGCCUCCCCUAUCGCCGUCAAAGAAGGACCCACCACAGAAGCACAUGAAGCUUUCACUAUGGGAUACAGCCGGGCAGGAAACAUACAAAAGUAUAACAAGAAGCUAUUUCCGAGGCGCAUCGGGUGCCCUGCUUGUCUUCGAUAUCUCACGCAAAAACACCUUCCUCAGUGCAACAAGCUGGCUCAAUGACCUGCGACAGAUCGCUGAAGAGGGUAUUGUAGUGGUCCUAGUGGGAAACAAGAGUGAUCUGGCCGCCUCAUCGACAGUAUCAGAAUCAGAAGCCGACAACAAGAGACAAGUUACAAGAGAGGAGGCUGAAGAAUGGUGCAAAGCAAACGGUGUUAUGGAGUACGUCGAAACGUCGGCCAAGAGUGGAGAAGGUGUCGAGAGAGCAUUUUUGGAAGUCGCAGAGAGGAUAUACCAGAACAUCGAGGCAGGGCGAUACGACCUCAACGAUAGGAGAAGUGGCGUCAAGGGCCCGGGAGCUGGAGGCGGCAAUCGCGCUGGCAUCAGCCUGGGCAUGAACGAUGCUGCGAAGAAAGGCAAGCAACAAGGAUGGGGAGGCUGCUGUUGA